AUGCUUAUGGGGAUGACCAAAGCCCAGUCACCCUUAAGAUUACAGGAGGGUUUUGGUCUAGGUAACCAUGCUGAGAUAUGGUUUGAGAUUCUCCCUGGAUUUGUCAUCAUGGGCAAAUGCCUGCUUCUUCCCAGAGAGGUCACUGUGCACAUCCACAACUUCACUAACAGGAGCAAGGAGAAAAGGGCUGCCCAUUUUCCAUAUCUGUGGAAUUUGACAGAAAGAGAUACCAUCUCUGGAGUUAAUCUUUACUAUGUGUUAAAGGGUUUGGAGAACACUGAUUAUGGAAGCAGUUUCCUGACUGAUGAAAAAAAUAACUCAGUUCUAACCCUGCUGGAAGGCUAAGCAGUACAUUAUAUAGCAUGCAGGUUAGUGUGCUAUGCAGUGCUUAAUAAAAAUAAGAUGAAAAAGAAAAAAUAUUAAAAAUUUUCAAACUGGACAUGGUAAUGUGCCGCAGGCUGACCCUGAAGAUGGUCUUUCACCUAGUCCCUACUCCCUUUCUCCUCCAUAGAUUAUAGAGAGUAGACUGUAGAUCCUGGAUGGCACAGACCUAGGAGACAGUUACAUUGUGUAUCACUGUUCCUUUUCUGCGCAUGCCCUGAUCACAAGAUAAUCAUGUCCAGCUGUGACGUGGGCCACGUGGCACUAGUUACCCCGCCUUCCUACACUAUAAAUAAAGAGCACACUGGACACCAGGCUGCAAUUAGCUCAUCAGGCUAUGGUCCCACCUGGUCCCAGCUAUAAAGCUUAAUCUUGGUAUGUAUCUUUCUUUCUUGCUAUUCUACAAUUUUUUUCAUCUCCCACUGCUCUCCCCAGCUUCGGACCCUACGCUGUGCAGGUCGAGGAAGUACUGCACUUCUGUAAU